AUGGGCUUACGUGACAGGAUCCAAUCUGCCAUAACAGGGCUGCCUGCUCCGACUGAAUCUGGGUACAGAAGAAGACCUCAAGCCGGGCCCCCAGCCGAAGUAUCACGACCAGGUCAGAGACGAGCAAGCUCAGCUACCUCGACGAGUAACCCUAGAUUUCGAGCCUCACGAUUGGCCAUUGAAGGUGACUCCGGUCCCUCGGCUCAAUCUAGGUUCCGGUCUGGACAGCCAGCGAUACAGAAGAACUCUACGAGUACUUCAUCUUCCACAAGCUCCUCACAGCAAAACGGCACAACAGUCUCCGGCGCCAACCUUGCUUCAACUCGGCCUCCACCGAGGACAACUGCAAGCACACCGGUGCUCCCUCUCACGAGGAUCUCGAGAUCGUACGGCAACAACGACAAGCAAGAAUCUUUUUCCCCUAAUCCUUCACGCAGGCUUGCACUUGAAGGCUCUGGCUGUACGCCAGACAGUUGCUCCACAGCUGCCUCAAGGAUAACGAACCGUGCGAAUCUUGCAACCACACCCAAGGCCAAGGAAUCGGAAGAAGGAGAUCAACUCGCCCCUCUCAGCGAGCGAGAAAUAAUAGAUGUCAGUGAUGAAACCAGUCUACCACGUGCUGUGGAGAGUGCUCAGGGUCAGAUUCGUGAUGGAGUACAGCAACCGGUGGCGCAGCAGGCUACGCGCACAACAAUUCCUUCACCACCGAUCUCAAUGCUACAACAAAAGCCUCCCUUAACGAGGACAGCUUCAUCCGGCCGCACCGGCAACCCAAAUCCAGCCUCUACGAGCACCAACCCGUCAAAGCUUGGAGCUCCACAGCCCAUCUCACAACCGCCUGGGAGAAAUCAGCCGCCUGAACGAAUGCGAACUGGUAGCUCUGGGCCUCCCUCCAUGACCAAAACAUCGAAUGGUGAUACUGGGCAGCCCCAAGCGCUCUAUCUUGGUGCCUUCGAUAUGGCAGAUGCAGACCAAUCCGCUCAGCAACGCACGCCGACCACUCGUGGUGGACCAACCCAACGCGGCACCCGCAGUCGGUCCAGCGACCUAGGCCAACGCCGCUCCUCCAGCCGCAGCAGCACAUCCACUCACCGCACAACGGUGCUAGGUCACGGCUCCUGGUUCCCAAGACCCCUACUGUGCAGAGACGGCAGUUUCAACUCCACUCACAGGCCCUACUACGACUCUUACUGGGACUCCUGGGGCUACCACUACCCCUUCGACGCCCCGCCCUGGUACCCAACCCGCUACGUGCUCCCUCACCUCCAAACCACCUUCACCGAAGUCUCGACCAACUACUUCGAGCACGAAUCGCCCGCCACGCCCGAUCUCGACACCACCAGAGGCUCCGAGGUCAUCAACCGCUACUACAACGGUUGGCGAGAUGCGUAUACCGAGGCGCUGUCCGGCAGCUGCCACGCCAUCUCGGCGGCAGACCGGGCGAGGAUCUUGGCGAACAGGGACGGGCUCCGGUCCAGGCAGGAUGAGGCGAUCCGGAGGCUGACAGAUGGGGAUCAGGCUGUGGUGCGCGAGACGCUGGAUCAGGUCCGGGUUGAUCGCCAGAUGGCGGUUGACAUGCCGCUGGCGCAGUUCAGGUGGGCGACGCCGUGGAUUAAGGAGGUGUGGGUGAAGGAGCAUGGGGAGAUUCCCGGUUAG